CUAGACACGAGCCGGAUUUUAAUCAAGUAAGAGGAGUCGGAGAUGUCGGCCAAAGAAGUGCGGCAGCAAAUGGAGUACAAAAUAAGGUCAUUCUAGGUAUGCAAAACAAGAUGAGUCAAAUGAUUGAACUCAUGCGCGCUGGCAGCGCCCCAAAAAGUACGAAAACCAAAUCCGGCGGACCAACUACUCCUAGGGAAACCGCGGCACCCACUACUACCACCCCAGAGAUCCCCGUCGCGCUGGAAAAUGCGCAGUCCCCACAACCAGUACGACCUCAGUUUCCUGGAACAACAUUUAUCGUCGGCUUACCGGGCACAUCCCAAACCGGUGCUUCACCCGCCUCUACGUUCGGAAAUCAUGGGGGAGCAAAUGCCGGGGAACCCACCCAUUCUACCAACUUUCAACGGUACGACCGAUCCGGAGGAUCACGUCAGGGCGUUCUGCCUGAGGAUGCAACUCCAGAAUUUUUCUGAUGUCGCACUGUGUCGAACAUUCCCUUCAACGUUUGCAGGGAUAUGCCUUGACUGGUAUAAUCAACUCCCAAACGGUAUCAUCCGCACCUUCGAGGAGUUCAUUUGGUUGUUCACAUCUAAGUUCGCUUCGCAAAAGUGCAGGCCGCUACACACGGUAGCGCUAGUAGAGGUCAAACAAGAGGAUGGAGAAAGCCUUAGGACUUUCUAUUCCAGAUGGUCAAGGGUAGCCAUGGCGGUUCGAGAUCUCACAACCGAAAUAGCAACGCACAUCCUCAUGGAAUCCACCAGCAACACUGAAUUGAGGCGAUUACUAGCGAAAUGCCUGGUCUUUUCCUCACCAGAGCUUGAGGCAAAAUUCGAGAAGGCAAUAACUUUAGAGGAAAUGUUGGUCGCGGGAUCCGUACGCCGCUUCGAACCUAAAGGAGGAAGGAAUGACCAACCACACCAACAACCAUAGAUCCCUCCCCUCCCCAUAGCCAGUUAUCAUAGUGGAGCGAACACACCCCCUCGCAACAGUACGAGCGGUUAAGGAGACACUCGCCCGAGCGGAACAGGGUUGAGCAAAACCAGAUAGUCUUGAACGAAACCAUGUCCAACAUCUUCAGCGUUAUUCGUGAGAAGGGAUACAACAUUAAAUGGUCAGGACCACAAUGCCAUCUAGAAAACAGGCACAAUCAUUGCAAGUUCUGCGAAUUCCACCUCGAAAUGGGCCACCACACAGAGCAUUGCUAUAUGCUCCGAGAGGAGAUCGAGAGACUCGUUAGGAAGGGCCUCCUGACUGAGUUUGGGUGCACGAAAGGAAAAAUACCUGCUCAAAAGCCUCCUCCUCCACCGCCAACAAGAUACAAUGAAGCGACGGGCGAGAU